AUGGCAUCAAUAUUUGCAACCUCAAGAUUUGGAGUUGACAAGCUAAAAGGAUACAACAUAAAGAUACACUGUUACUACUACAACUAUUACAUGCGCAUCAAAUAUCCAAACAAUUUUGACCAUCAAAACACUUGUAUUCACACCCAUUUUCCCAAGUGCAAAUCAACUCUAAGGCGGAAACUAAAGAAACGGCGUUUAUGUUCAGGACUUCGAUUUGAUUGCUAG